UACAUGGAUAUAAAUAGGUAGAUGUUACGAAGGUGGAUCUCAUUCAGUUUUAGCUUUCUCUUUUUGUUGAUUGGGUUUGGGAUUUUGGACUUCUGUUGGGAAAUAAGAUUAGGGUUUUGAGGGUUUUUGUUGUUGAAUGUAGGACUGGUUCAAAGGGGCUGUUUUUUUUUUUUAAGAGCAAAAAAAUUUAUUAAUCUUUGAAAACAAAUUACAAAGAUUAAAAGGACCUUAAGUUGGAGGCAUCACAAUGGGGCAAGAGCAAACUAACAAAGGCACCCUCGCACAUGACAAUCAGGAGGGCUGGCUUACUUAUGUAAAUCGGUAUUCGACCCAUUUUAGCUAAACAAUUUGUCGAUUGGGGGUCUGAGCUUUUGGUCUUUCUUUAGAAUAUUUGGUUAGGGUUUUAAGGUUUUUUUCUUGUUGAGAUUAGGAGAUGAUUUAAAGACGGCUCAUAUAGCUUAGUAAAUAGGUAUUCAAGUCCUUGUUGAGGAUUGUAGUUAUAUUAGGCUUGUCAUUUUGGACUUCUACUAGGAUAGAAUAGAUGGUCUUUAUUCAUUUCCAGACAACCAAACCGAGCUAGCACUGUUCAGUAUUCUUCAUUGAAUCAUUUUCUGUGCUGUUCCAUGUGGAGAUUCCUUUUUUUACAUUGAACUAUGUUCUUAUCUCAUUGCGUUAGUCAUUUUUGUGAUCAUACAUUGAGUAGUUUGGAAUGAACUUCACUUCUUUUUGUUUUGGGUUCCUGCAGUACAGGUGUUCGUCCACAAAGCCACGCCUUUGAAGGCAGCACCUGAUAUACCAGGAUUUAAUUCUCCUCCUCCUGUAUUCACAUCACUGUGUCUUAACACAUGAGGAAGAAAUUAUCUCGACAGGCCUCAAUGCCCUCAAUUGCCUACUGCAGAAUUAUCUCAACAGGGUGCCAGAGCCAAGAAAAUUGAUGUACUUUCAGACAAAUAUCAUAGACCCACAACCUGAGAAAGUCGUGCAUUGGUCCCUUGCACUAAGAAAGAACGUGAUAGCAUGGGCUCUAGUCCCUCAGGAGGUAUUGAUGAAGGCUUGGUGGAUCCUUUGGAGGUGGACCUUACAGACUCUGCUCAUUCAGCCGGUUUAUGUAUGAUGCAUUCGGAAGAUAUGCCCCAUUUGUUGACUGAUUCUACUAAGUUGCAUGGCCUGGAACAAAAAAUUGACUGCGAAAAGGAUACAGGACAAGACACAGAGAAGGCGUUGGGUGGUUUUCAAUCCACGUUAGAGCAAGCUAUGCAGGAACUUCCAGGAAAGUCCUCAUUUGAGGAUAAUCCUGUUGAAACUUAUAAGCAGGUAGGCUGUGAGAUGCCUUCUGUUGUAUACCCAAAAGUUGAAUCUGAUUUGCAGGAUCCCCCUUGUGGACCCUCACUCUCACAGCACGCAGGAGCUGCGCACGAGGAGGUACUGCAUUACGCUUCACGGUUUAGGCUAGAACCUUUGCAGUUUAUUAGGGAAAAUGAAUAUUGUGGCGAGACCAUGAGAGAAGCCUUAAACAAACCUGUUGAGAAUAUGAUCCUGCACGAUCCCAAGGGUCAACAACAUUGUGGCAUGCAUAGACACUGUCUUCAGUUUGGAGAGGCCCAACUGAAUAAUGCAGCAAAUAGCCCUAGUUUUUGGAGUCCAUCAAAUAUUGGAUCUAGUUCAAAUUUACCUGCUAAUUCUGGAGACCCCAAGGUUCUAGAAACAUCUUGUGUUGAAGUAAGAGCAAACUCUGGCGGCAGGCAGCUUAUUGGGCCGAACCAACCAACAAUUCCCAUUAGUUCUCCUACAAAUGGCAGACAUUCUUGCUCAACAGUUCCCAGGCCAUCAGGUAUCGGCUUACACUUGAACAGCAUCAUCAAUGCCAUGCCAUAUCCUCGUGGUACUACUGGAACUGGAAGCAUGAAAUCAUCUGAGAGAGGUUACCUGAACAUAGAAGGGAGGAAGUUAGUGUCCAUAACAGGCUGUCAUCAACCAGAAAUCACAACAAAGAGCUUAGAUGUACCCAAUGUGAGAGAGAAAGCUUCAGCAAGCAGUGAAGAUGGUAGUCAUCGAAAUGAGUCCUCAGCAACAACAGGCUCUCUUGCUUCUCCGUCUCCCGACAUUGUGAAAUCAUUAUAUGUUCCUAUAUUGUUGAAGCCAUGUGAAUACGCCACUUCACGUGACAAAAGAAAAUCCAUCUCUAAACAAGCCGAUGCUGUUGGGGAAUUGAGCCCAUCAAGUACCAAAAAAAGAAGGAAGAAGGCAUCAGCUGCUAAUGAUGGUGAUGGUUGCAAGCGUUGCAAUUGUAAGAAGACCAAAUGCUUGAAACUUUACUGUGACUGUUUUGCUGCUGGAAUUUAUUGCGCUGAACCUUGUGCUUGCCAAGGGUGCUUUAAUAGGCCUGAAUAUGAAGAUACAGUUCUUGAGACUCGACAACAGAUUGAAUCCCGGAAUCCACUCGCAUUUGCUCCAAAGGUUGUACAAUGUAUCACCAAGUCUCCUGCUAACAGCAAUGUGGAAGAUAGGAAUGCUUCAACACUGUCCUCAGCGAGGCACAAAAGAGGUUGCAAUUGCAAGAAGUCAAUGUGUUUAAAAAAAUAUUGCGAGUGCUAUCAGGCUGAUGUUGGAUGCUCUAAUGGUUGCCGGUGUGAAGGAUGUAAAAAUGUGUAUGGAAAAAAGGGUGACUAUGGCAUGACUGAGGCUGUGUUCAGACUCGAAAGCUCAUUUGAGGAUAAGCUGGAGAUGUUUGCAAGCCAAGAUGGUUUAUUGCAGACUGAGAUGUGUGAUCCUUACAACUUGACACCUCUGACACCAUCAUUCCAGUUCUCUGACCAUCGAAAGGAUGCGUCAAAAUCCCGGUUCUCUACCCGAAGAUGCCUCCCAUCACCUGAAUCCAAUAUUACUUUCUUGCCACCCUAUGGAAAGUCGCCGGUUUCCGAAAAUUCUCAUAGUCAUGCCCUGUUACUGAAAGAUAUGAAAAACAUUGUAGACGUAUCUUCUCAUCAGGACUUGGAUUAUAGCAAUGGAGAGGCCAUAGAUGAAUUCUCAUUGGGAUAUGAUGGCCUUCUCGAUUCAUGUGAUCUCAGUACAUUGCCCAAUCUUCCAUCGUCAGUGAAUUCCCAUUGUUGGCGGAAUACACCAAUCACUCCUGUUACUCAAUUUAGUAGGACCCAACUUAUUCGGGCAGUUGAUUCUGAUGAGAAGCUUCAUGAUGUACUGGAAGAUGACAUGCCUGACAUACUGAAGGAUGAUUCUACCCCACUCAAAGCGGUUAAAGUUAGCUCCCCCAAUAAAAAGCGUGUUUCUCCUCCGCGUAGUAGCCGGAAGUUCAUAUUGCAAGCUGUGCCUACUUUCCCUCCUCUUACGCCAGGCGUUGACUCCAAAGACAGCAGCAGUCAGAAUAUGAAUGAUCCUCAAGAUUGUAGUAGCAAGACAUGACUCUAAAUGGAGGGAUUCUAGUGAAGAUGUGUGCGAAGGCUUGAUGCACAAAGAUGAAAAGUUCCGCAACACUGCUGCAAUUUCUUUGUAUGAAGUCUCUUCUGUUUCUUUCAUUUUCACAUUUCAAUCUCCCUCUAUUCAAUCCCUAGAAUCACUUCUCGACUUGGAUAUUGCUGGCAAUACCCUAUCGAAUCCUAUGCCCACUUACAGUGAAAGGAUGAAUGAAGUACUUAUCUGGUGAAUAGUAGGCAAUUUUUUCCAAAUAAGUCCUAUUUUUGAAGAGUCUGGAGAGGUUUAUAGGGCUACUACUUCAGCAACUCUUCUAUCAUGUUUGGGCUACCAUCUUGGCUCCACCAUUGUUGUCUUUGCUCUCUCAUUUGUUUCAAGCAUGAGUACACUUUCAUGGAAGUUUUAGCACCAUUCGAAUAAAAUCACGAACUUGUGUGCAUA